AUGGCAGCCAGCUCACAGGGCGGACGCCCCAACACGGACCUCUGGCACUUGAUCGUUCCCUAUCUCAAAAAACCCACUCCACUUCCUCUCUCCCGCGCGCCUCGGUCCGCCAUCAGGCAAGGCGACCUGUGUUCGCUUGCACUUGUAUGCAGAGCGAUCAAUUCGAUAGCUGAGCGUGUCCUGUACACCACUAUCAUUACCGAUAAACUCCCCCUCCUCUUCCGCAACAUCGCGUCCGCGUCGGGUCGGCGGCGGCUCGCUCAUACUCGUCGCCUACUCAUCGAGUACUCACCAUCGUUACAGACUACUAGCCCGUCAUACAAGACCCUCCUGAAAAGCGGCGGGGAAGCUUGGGCGCGGGUCGGCCAGAAUCUCGGGGGCAUCAAGGUCAAAAUUGCCAAGCAGUGCAUCGAGGAGAAUGGCCAGCUCCAGUCGGCGCUGGAGUGGGUCGCGAUGGAUAUGGGGAUGGUGGGGAGGGUGUUUCCCAAGCUGGAGGCAGUGGCUACCGCCUCUAUCUAUGGGAAAGAGGACAAUCGGUGGCGAAUCUACCAAAACCAUCUCACGGAAUCGAGGGAGGCCAUGGCCUAUUUCGCAUCCUCCGACUGCAUCAUGCGCUUCUUCAUGUUUGUCAAUGCCCUGCCCUCCCUCCGGCAACUAUGCGUCCGGAAUCCCAACGGUCCCUUCUCGGUCCCGCAGAACACCCACGCGACCCAGGCCCCGCCCGUCAACUAUGAUCGGACCAUCCAUUACUCGGCUGACCUGGACGAGGUGUACGUCCCUUGGGGCAAACCUAUCCGGUGGACGAGCGACGCGCCCUCCAACAUGCCCUGGCAAUUCGUCGGCGAGUCACUGGCGCAGGAAAUCGACCGGAUCCAGAAUAUCCGGCGGGACAAGGCGGCUUACGACCCCAGGUGGCAGGACCCGCGGAAUGGGCUGGAUGUCGAGAUCUACUGCUCGACGGCGGGGGCGCUUGAGGUUGCCAAGGCAGGGGAGGAGGAGAUUGUCCUCCAGAGGCACCCGGGAUGGUCCCCCUUGCCUGAUUUCAAGGCCAGGCGGAUGCCAGUCGAGGAGCAGAGAAAGUUGGCGGCUGGGUUUGGUAAUAACGUGCAGACCGAGUCGAGGGAGGACUUUGGGGAGCAGGAUAGGAUCAGGUGGUUUGCGUCGCCUGAUAUGCCUGUCUGUGUGGCGUAUGUGAGCAAGGAAGGAAGGACAGAGGGCCAUAACGCCGUUAAACCCCGUGAAAAAGAUAUUAGUAUGGGUGCCCUACCAACUGCUUCCGCUCUGACCAACUGA